UUACGUGUCUCUGCGCGUAAUCGCACGCUCGCGGCGCCCACAAUUUAUAUGUUCUUUGUAUUUGCUGUCCGACUAGAAUGGUCAGCUCCCGUCUGAAGAGAGAAGGUUGUAAUACGGUUUCGGCACCUUAAUCUUCGUGUGGUUUCGAUCGUCAUGUCCGAUCUGGCCUACGUCCGUGUUUGCAGCUGAAGUUAAUUCUUGACAUCUCUUCUUGAUCUUCUUCAACUCUACUUAAGGGUUCUGUAGCUGCUUGUGCAGAGUUAUUUCAACAUUUUUCUAGUAGAUCUCUGAAAGAGAAAACCAGGGAAUGCAGAAAAAUGUGCCAGAUCGUUCAGAACCCAUUCUCUGAUGUCCACAAAGUUUUGGCCUUACAAGAGCCUCACUUUUUCAUACUUGAUGAGAGCAGGCCUUUAGAUCAUACCUUACCCAUUCCGGUUAUCCGAGUACAAAAUGGGACAAUUAGUUACAGAGCACCCCUUGUGUUAAUGCGUGACAUGUGCGAAGACGGUUGAAUAUCUACCACUGUUAAUUACUCCUUCAAGGUUGGUUUCAUACGGCAUAUAGUAACAUAUUGUCCUAUAUUAGAUUUUGUAGAUCUUGAAUGGAUAAUAGAGUGAGCGUGUUGAUGGAAAGAUAUGAAUUAGGGAGAUUACUAGGCCAAGGAACCUUUGCAAGGGUUUACUAUGCCAGAAAUCUCCAAACUGGACAAAGCGUGGCCAUUAAAGUGAUAGACAAGGAGAAAGUUUUGCGGGUUGGGCUGAUAAAUCAGAUCAAACGAGAAAUAUCUGUCAUGAGACUGGUCAAGCACCCCAAUAUUGUGCAGCUUUAUGAAGUCCUGGCCACCAAAACCAAGAUUUAUUUUGUCAUGGAAUAUGCUAAAGGAGGCGAACUUUUCAACAAGGUGGCUAAAGGAAGGCUGAAGGAGGAUGUUGCUCGAAAUUAUUUUCAGCAGUUGAUCAAUGCCAUAGACUUCUGCCACAGUAGGGGUGUCUAUCAUCGGGAUCUGAAACCUGAAAAUUUACUUUUAGAUGAGAAUGAAAAUCUGAAAGUCUCUGAUUUUGGAUUAAGUGCGCUUGCUGAGUCAAGACGCCAAGAUGGGCUUCUUCACACCACUUGUGGAACCCCUGCGUAUGUUGCUCCUGAGGUGAUUGACAGGAAAGGCUAUGAUGGUGCCAAAGCUGAUAUUUGGUCUUGCGGGGUGAUCCUGUUUGUGCUUUUAGCUGGUUAUCUCCCAUUCCAUGAUUCAAACUUGAUGGAGAUGUAUAGGAAGAUUGCUAAAGCAGAGUAUAGGUGCCCCAGUCACUUCCCAUUUGAAGCAAGGAAGCUACUAUCUAGGAUAUUGGAUCCAAAUCCCAGUACUAGAAUUUCUCUUGCAAAAAUUAGGGAAAAUUCCUGGUUCAAAAGGGGAUUGUACUCCAAACCAACAAAAGCGAUUAUGGAAAGCAAGGAGAGAGCUUCUUCAGAUGCAGAUGCAGCUUCGGGUUCUGGAUCUGGAACUGGUAAUGUGGCUGCUGAGGAAACACAAGAAUUAGUGAAAGCUGCUAACUUAAAUGCUUUUGACAUAAUCUCGUUUUCUGCUGGGUUUGAUCUCUCGGGCUUGUUUGAGGAGUCCCGUCUUAAGAAAGAAGCAAGAUUUACGUCCAGGAAACCUGCGUCUGUUAUCAUAUCUAAGCUAGAGGAAAUCGCCAAGCUUCUGAAGCUGAGAGCAGGGAAAAAGGAUAAAGGGUUAAUCAAAUUCGAGGGACUGAAGGAAGGUAGAAAAGGGAUUCUAUCCAUUGAUGCUGAGAUCUUUGAAGUCGCUCCAAAUUUUCACUUGGUGGAGAUGAAGAAAUCUAAUGGAGAUACACUCGAGUAUCAGAAGGCACUGCAAGAGGGCAUUAGACCUGCUCUCAAAGAUAUCGUUUGGGCUUGGCAAGGCGAGCAGCCGCAGCCAGAACUGGAACCGGAACCGCCACUCCCCCACGCGCCACAACAGGAGGAGCAAGUAUUACAACAGCCGCAGCUGCGGGAGUAGUUACCUUGGUGGCGGUUCAUUACCAAUUUCCAAUUCUAGUUUCUGUAAAUUUUUCCAAUCUGCCCCUUUCUCCCCUGUUGUGGUUCUCUUUCUGUUGUUUCCUAUCAAACAUGCUGUAAUCUGGUACCUAUGCUUAACGACUCCCUUGGCUCCUAUUCCUUGUCCCCUGAUGGACAAUGUUAUUAUAGAUACAUAAUAAUACCAUGUGGUGUUUGCUUUCUUAA